AUGAAGUUUAUUGCUGAUGAAGAGACAAAGCUCUAUGUCGGUGAUGCAUUUAGUUUGCUUGGGAUCCUUGCCAGUUAUGAUAAGCUUGAAGGCUUGAAUCCGUAUCAAGUUCGAUUUGCUGAUUUCGUUGAUGACGCUACGAUGCUGCGUAUCAUUCGUGCUUCAGGAGGGGCUUGGAGUAUUAAUUUAUCUAAAUAUUCUAGCCCAGCUUCAAAAGCAUAUUUACUCGGCCCUGAAGCUGGGUCAGCUGGAAUAGGUGGUACUAUUGCUUCUUGGAUUGGUGGUGGUCUGGGUGAGUUAGGCGGGUUGAUCUGGAGACGUGGUAGCACAGGUACUGAAGAACAUGUCUCCGGGACUGACGAAACUUCUCCUAGUGCGUUAGAUGAAGAUUUGCCCCAUCCUACAAUGUCACUACUUCUACCAGUUUAUGAGUUUAUCCAGGCGAAUAAGGUGUUUCGUAGGUUGUUGGUCGAGACACCGGCCAGUGAUAAUCGUUCUGGUAGCAUAAGCGGCAAGGACAAUGUGGGUGCCGCAAAUUCCACUUCAUCUAGCUCUGCUCGAAAUAAAUCGCCUCCUCCAUUUGUGCUGUUCAUUUCUUUGUGCUCUUAUUUACUUCAAAAUCAGCAUAAAACACUUCGUGCCGCAAGCUAUGCGAGACUUUCUCUACUUAUCCUACGGAUAUUUGCUGAAGACUCUGCUAUUGUUUCUAAGCAAUUGGUAAGUGAAGAGUUACAAACACACAUAAGUUUGUGUAGGCUGCGAAAUCCAGCACUCCCCUUGGUCACGGGAAAGACAACAUUAUUAAAUGGAAUUAUGGAUUCACUUUUGGGGUGCAUUCGGUUCAAUAUGAAGAGAACUAUUGAUUACGACAUGUAUAAUCUCACAUUGACUGUACUGUUUCAAGUGAUUGCUUCACUGAGAUCGACCAAAACAAGAACAACAUAUCACUGGAGUGAAGUUUGGAAGUCGAUUAUUUCUCUUAUUAAGUUUCUUAAUACACAUCCACCUAGCGGAGGAUCAGGCUCUUCAAAACAAGCCCAAGAAGCCAGUGAAACUGCUGACUUGGCUGUUCUCAUUAUCGCUGCCUUGCUUAUACAUGGAGAAAACAUUCUUCCUGAUAAUCAUGAACACGACGAUCUAUUCUACAGGGUAGUCGAGUCAACUGAUGAAUUCAGCAAACUGAAACGACUCUAUAGCUUAGAGAAAUCACCAUCAAUGGCUGUAAUUACUGCUACUACCAGUCACUAUGCAUCGCUGCUGGAGCCAGCCAAGACCAAAUCGUUAUCGCCCGAGCAAGUGGCACAAACUAUAAAACAAGGCUAUCAAAGUCUUUCUCUUUUUCAAUAUGCUAGCGAAUCUUCCAACGAACCGACCAAGAAGACACUAUUGUAUGACAGUUUGCCCACCUACAAAGAGUCGGAGCAACGGUUGUUUCUUAAAAAAAUCACAAGGACAGCUAUCAACGACACCCAGUUGCUGUACCAGUCAGCGAAUUUUUAA